AUGAACUUGUUCAAGAUCUUGGACGGCACCCCCGAGCCGCCGAUCAUCGACCUCCACCUCCCCUCGGUCAACGACGGCGGCGACUACUGUCUUGCGACGCCGAUGUACGACUUCCAAAAAGAGCUCACCGACCAGAUCGUCUCGUUGCACUAUCCCGACAUCUUGAAAUACUGUGAGCUUCAGGACGCGAGAGAUAUCAUCGUCAAACUGCUUGAAAUCUGUAUCCUGAAUUGCAUGGCGGUGCUGACCCACCCCUACCUCUUAAUCGACCACUACAUGCCCAAGAACUUGUACGUGCGAGACAUGCCGGCCAAGCUCGCCGAGACCAGUGGCAAGUUUAAUGUUUUAAAGGACUUGGUCAACGUGAUGAUUGAGUGCAAUCCCAGUGGCCAGCAACCGCAAAAGAAGCAUAUUGGUGUCGUGAUGAAUAACCACCAGCGCCAGUUCGACUUGGUCGAAGCAUUGCUUGUCGGUGGAUGUGUGGCGAAGAAGAAUGUUAAGAGAUACCUGGGGAACCCAAACAAGAACAAUAAAACGCUAGCUCUGGCGCUGACGACGAUCCAUUUGAUACCGGGCGACGGGCAAGUCACGAGAGACGCCGAGAGCUUGAGCCAGGUGAAGUUCGAUGUGCUCAUUGUGUUUGAUGGCCACGUCGACACCUCUAACGACUACUUCACCCAGCUUCGGCGGCAGAAUCGCAGAGGGGAAGCGGUGAUUAUCCGGUUAGUGCCCAUGCGCACCAUCGAACACGUCCAGCGCUUUUACCGAGACCACGACCCCACCGAUACCAAGGAUAAGUUGUACCGCCUUAUACUGUCGAUCGUGUGCUUGCGGGACCACGUCGGUACCCUCCCACCGGAUACCGUCCCCAUCUAUAACCAGCGGCUCACCUACCUCUCCAAGCCGUUCUUCGACGACGUGUUCCGUUCGCAGGCUCGGCUUACCAGUUUCCCACCGUGGCCACUUCCCGAACUACCGCCGAUCCCCAAAUUCUCGUGUUCUGACGUCGAACGGUCGCUUCUCACCGAAGUCCAUUUCCAUUAUACUCCUUACGAUAAUGCUAAUGGCGACGAUGCUGAGGAAGUGGUCCACGAAAAGGUUCCCACAUACUACGAAACUAAGCGGUUACAACUGGAUUACGUCACCAACCCGCUCAAAAAUGACUACGAUAAAUUGAUCGGUAUUCACCUGAACCUACUCGUGGGAGGCCACGGCACCGAUAAUACCAAGUUCACUCCCAAUUUGCUUACUCACAAGCUCAUUCUCCAGCUCAACAACGCCAUUAACGACUACCAUGCCGUGACGGAUCUGGUAAAAAUCUACGAACACUACGCCAGCGACGAGCACCAACUGCGCAACGGACGCCGCCAGCGAGAGUUGGACCUGACCCUUGCCUCGAUCAAUGUUGACAUUGACCACGCUGAGAAACGCAUUGAUGUUGCCACCAAGAAGCUUGCCAGUCGUCAGGAUGAGAUUGAACAGUUCAAGCGCGAUAUCGCAGUGAGCAAACAAGCAGUGGAGACGUUUUUGGAGACAGAGCUUAAUAAGCCAAAGACUGAGCCCCUGAAACUCCAGGUUAUCAAAGUGGAGCCAACCGAGAAGACUAACAAUGUGGAACACAAUGAAAAGGUUGUGGCGCCUAUGGUCGAAGAAGAAGAUGUUGAAAUGACUGAAGUGGUCAAGGAGGAAGUGGUUAACGACAAUGGCGAUCAGCUGAUAUCCAACGGUACUGCUACGACCACUGAACCACUGGAUACUAAACCUAACGAUGCCGCCAAGUCACUGGAGGACUCUAAUAAUAAUGCUGACUCCAUGGAUGUUGACAAACCAGAGGAGCCCAGCAAACUGAUACCGAAUGAGUCAGACAAAACAAAGGAGUCACCGCUGGAGAAAUCUGACGAGCCUGAGGAGUCAAAAUCAGAAGAGACCAAACCUGAGGAGGCUAAACCUGAGGAGGCUAAACCUGAAGAGUCUAAACCUGAGGAGACUAAAUCUGAAGAGACUACAUCUGAGGGGGCUAAACUAGAAGAUGCUAAACCAGAAGAGUCCAAGCCUGAGGAGGCUAAAUCAGAAGAUACUACGCCAAAGGUUGACAAACCAGAAGAGCUUGCGACCAAGCCUGACUCAUCGGUGGUACACAAGGAUGAAUCGGAAUCAGCCAAACUUGACGAACAACCUCAAGAAAAGGCUGCUGAAACUGCUGUCAAAGACGAGGCAUCUGAAGACAAGAUUGAUGUGGAUCAAGAGCCUAAAACCACCGUGGUAUUAAGUGAAGGGCAACCAGUGGCCACCAUCGUCACCGACGACAAGGCAGCAGAUCUGAUAUCCAACGGUACCUCCGAGUCCACUUUCACUCAGUUCUACCAUAACCAAUUGAAGAUCUGGGAGCUUCAGGCGAAGAUCAAGGAGACGAUCGACAAGAUCACGGCACGGAGUGAGGAGAAGUCUUAUAUUGCCAAGGAAGUGGAAAACUGUCAAAAGCUGAUGGUAGACUCCGAGGCCGAGAUUGCCACUGUCAAGGAACUGAUCGCUGUGGAGGAGCAGAAGCUUGCACAGGUGCGGGAGAAAGAGGCCGAAUCUCGCAAACGAUUCCACGCUGAGAUGGAGGAGAUGGAGUCGACAAUCAAAAAGGAAAAGACACUAAACGAUGAAAUGCGCUUGCACUUGGCUGAGUCGUUGCAGUACCUCCGGAGCACUCCCUACAUGAAGAAACGGAAGGGUCGCACGCCAAACAAGUGA